GUAAGUAUGAGGUGUUCAGAUGUCUCGCGCUCCCUCUUAUACUCUGCCGGCGCCGCGCACGGACCAUCCCUCGAUUUGCAGUCACAUGCACGCGUCCGGGAGCGUCUGUGCGGUGAUUGUCCGUGCCACCGCCGCGUCUCGCCGUCGAGAAGACCGGAAUGUCCCUCACUCUCUAUCGCAGCAUAUGCACUCGCGCUGGAGCUUCCCGAUGUCCACAUCGUCAGAUGGUAGCAUAUCACCACUCUGGUCCAGGGAUUGCGUGACCUGCUGAGGCAGCCAUGUCGGGCGCGACUGAUAAACAACCCCCUGGCAGUUCGUCUCCUCGAUCCCGACCUCCAGGCCCUUCCUCCGAGGCAGCGUCAGAACCUUCAUCUAUAUGGCGGAAUUUGACCCGAUCAAGAAGACGUUCUUGUCUUCGCCUAAAUAUGCUGUCGUAGGCGCGUCGAAGGACGAAUCGAAGUUUGGCACGAAGGUCCUCCGAUGGUAUCUCGCACGGGACAAAGACGUUACUCCUGUUCAUCCUAAGGAGGACGAGCUUGCGGGUGUAGCCGCUCUCCGGACGCUGGCUGACCUUCCGGACCCAACGCACACCUCCGUCAGCAUUAUCACCAAUGCAAAGAUUACCCUUGGCCUCCUCGAGCAAGCCAAGAACCUCAACAUUCCAGCCGUAUGGCUCCAGCCAGGGGCCGAGAACGAGGAAGUCGUCUCGUACAUCAAGGAGAACGGUCUCGAAGGCAAGGCUAUCUACGGCGGGCCGUGUGUCUUGGUGGAGGGCGAUGGUAUCCUCAAGAGCUUGCUCUGAGUGACGGCAGGGGCAGUAUUGCGCUACUAGAUGUGUACGUUCAGUUCCGGAAGUCCAGACCUAAACAUGUAUGGCUAGUCAUGUGUGCUCA